CUUAUUUUGCCUUCUCUCUCUUGAGUCUUGAACGCCUUCGUUCUCGUCCGUUGAGGUCAAUUUGAACCGAUGGAGGCGGAACAACAGCGGCGGAAGGGGCAGAAGCGGAAGCUGGAGGAGGAGAGCAGCGCUGCCUCUACAGCAUCUUCGUCCUCGGAUGUGGAGGAAGAGGACGAGACGGGAGACGAAGAAAUCUGUUUCCGUCGCUCCCAAGAAGCGCUCGCCCGAGAGGUCAGGGCCCAGGUCGAGGUCCUGGAGCGAGCUUUCUCCUGGAACCUCGCUGAUCGAGCCGCCGCCAAGCGUGCUACCCGCGCCCUCGCCAAACUCGCCAAGAGCGAGGAGGCUGUGAGGGUGAUCGUUGAAGGAGGGGCCGUGCCUGCGCUCGUGAAACAUCUACAAGAGCCUCCGCCUCUGCUGGUAAGGGAUGACUGUGCUAGCGGAGGAGAUCGGCCUUUUGAGCACCGGGUUGAGAAGUGGAGUGCGUUUGCUCUCUUUCUACUUGCAACGAAGCCUGAGUAUCAGCAGCUCAUAGAUGAUGCUGGUGCCUUGCCUUUGCUUAUGAAUCUCUUAAAAAGGCAUAAGAAAGGUUCCAACUGCAGGGCAGUUAAUGGUGUUAUUUGGCGAGCAGCUGUUGCAAUUACUAAUCUUGCUCAUGAAAAUAGAAAUAUCAAAACAUAUGUCAGGGUUGAAGGUGGCAUUCCCCUCCUUGUGCAACUGUUGGAAUCUAUUGAUGUGAAGGUGCAGAGUGCUGCUGCAGGUGCCUUGCGUACUUUGGCAUCUAAGAAUGAAAGUAACAAAAAUCAGAUUGUGGAAUGUAAAGCUCUUCCCUCAUUGAUUCUCAUGCUUCAGUCAGUUGAUCCUUCCGUCCAUUAUCAGGCAGUAGGUGUUAUUCGUAAUCUUGUUCAUUCGUCCCCUAACAUAAAGAAAGAAGUUCUCCUUGCAGGAGCAUUGCAACCUGUGAUUGGCUUAUUGAGUUCAUGCUGCACCGGGAGCCAAAAGGAAGCAGCAUUACUGUUGGGACAAUUUGCUUCAGCCAAUUCUAAAUGCAUGGUGCAAAUUGUGCAGAGGGGUGCAUUGCGACCUCUAAUUGAGAUGCUUCAGUCAUCAGAUGUUCAACUAAAGGAGAUGUCUGCAUUUGCUCUUGGAAGAUUGGCACAGGACUCACACAACCAAGCUGGUAUUGUUUUCAAUGGUGGUUUAGUGCCUCUGCUAAAAGUUCUUGACUCAAAAAAUGAAUCUCUGCAGCAUAAUGCUGCAUUUGCUCUUUUUGGAAUUGCAGAGAAUGAGGAUAAUGUUGCUGAUUUUGUCAAAUUAGGAGGUGUUCAGCGACUACAAGAUGGUGAAUUUGUUGUCCAGGUAACACAAGAUUGCAUAGCAAAUACAUUGAAAAGAUUGGAGGUGAAAAUCAAUGGGCGAGUAUUGAUGCAUUUGCUAUAUUUGAUGCGAGUUGGAAAGAAGGCUGUCCAAAGAUGCAUAGCAUUGGCUCUUGCUCACCUUUGCCCACCUGAUGAACAAAGAAGAAUUUUCAUUGAUAACAAUGGGAUCGACAUUCUUCUUGAGCUAUUGAGUUCUGCUAAUUUAAAACAGCAGCAGGAUGGUUUGCUUGCUCUUUACAAAAUGGCCAGCAGAGCUAUGAUGCUUUCUUCUGUGGAUGCAGCUCCUCAAUCCCCUACCCCACGGGUCUAUCUGGGCGAGCAAUAUGUAAACAAUUCCACACUGUCAGAUGUUACUUUUCUUGUUGAAGGCAAAUGCUUCUAUGCACACCGGAUUGCUUUGCUUGCUUCAUCAGAUGCAUUUCGGGCAAUGUUUGAUGGCAGCUAUAUGGAGAAAGAUGCCAGAGACAUCGAAAUUCUUGACAUAAGAUGGGAUAUUUUUGAAUUAAUGAUGAGAUACAUUUACUCAGGAUCAGUUGAAAUUAACAACCUUGUUGCACAAGACCUCCUAAGAGCCGCAGAUCAGUAUCUUCUGAAGGGCCUUAAGCGUUUGUGCGAAUAUAUCAUUAAACAGGACGUUAACAUUGAUAACGUCUCCAGCAUGUAUGAAUUAUCAGAGACAUGCAAUGCGAUAUCCCUGAGGCAAACUUGUAUCUUGUUUAUUUUGGAGCAAUUCGAAAAAUUAAGCAUUCUACCUGGGUAUUGUCAUCUCAUCCAGCGAAUUGUCCCAGGCAUCCGCAGCUACUUUGAUAAAGCUUUGAAGCCUAAUUCAAAGAACUCUGAAUCCUAGCCAUUCUUUUUGGACAGUUUGAGCUUAUUUUCCAUUCUUUUAGACAGGACAUGCUCUCUGCAAUGCCUACUUUCUUUUUGCAGCAAUUUACCAAAGGGCACCGAGAGAGAUUUAAAUUUACUAAAAAAACGUAUAUUACUUUAGUAUUUACCAAAGAACAUACAUUUUUAAGUGCAUUUUCUAUUUUAUUCUUUUGACAAA